AUGCCCUCAACAGCUGCAGCUCUUCGUCAGCAGUGGGAGGAGCCUGCCGAUAUCUUCACCGUGCUCCUGAUAAUUGGUGGUGAGAUCAUUCAAUGUGCCCUCGGCGCCGUAUCAGGGGGGACUCUGACUCCCGUGACAUUCUCCUAUGGAUGGGCCGCCUAUGCGCUCUCUGCUCUCCUCUCUACCAUGGGCGAAUGUCAACUCAUGCCGGGAAGCCCCAUUCCUAAUCUCCUGGUAAUCAAUGUCAAUACCGGUUACCCACGUGUCAAUCGGUCGUGGACGCUCGGGCGUCUAUUCCAGACUUAUAAAUAUUGGAUGCCGCAGGAAGUCCGAACCCGUGUCGAACACCCUAUACGUAUCAACCUGGACGAGGAGACUGCUCUUCCAUCUGAAUUCCAGACACCGAUCGGCACUGGCGAUGAAGCACUUUUGUGUGUGGCACCCUUGUGUGUGGCUGUGUAUGACUGGGAUGUCGAUAUGACAGAGGAAACGAAGAAGAAGAAGAAGAACAAACCUGGCACCCAGGGUCAUGACUGGGUCUGGGGGCUCGGACUAGUAGUCACCGUUAUCCAGUUAGGAGUGAGUAUCAUUCCAUUUGUUCUCUAUGACGAUUGGCGGGUGUUCCUAGUGACUGGUGGGGGCACAGUGCUCGCUUAUCUGUACGGGGCACUUCCGCAGUGGCGCAAGGAGAAAUGGGCCUGUCGUAAAGGAUAUCCCAAAAAGCAUGUGGCUUUGACAAUGGGGAAUGGCACCCAGCAUGUUGUCAUUAUCCGGGGACAUUCCCAGGGGCUCGACCUGGAGGAUCUGGCUGGGGGACAGGUUCGCGACGCUCCAGAUCCUGGCUUGAGCCGAGUGACCAAUCUUCUCAGGUCAGACCGGGCCACCCAAGUUCUGACGUUUGUGUUUGCCAUUCUCUGGCUUUUGUUGCUCAUUACUAGUACGGGUAUUGAAACGCACACUUGGUAUUUGCUUGCCGUUGGCGGGAUGGGAACAAUGCAUAAUCUCAUUGUUGCUGGAGCACCACGCCGUCCUGACAUGUUGGGCAUCCCGAUCAAACUGGCUACUUCAGAAGGAGAGAAAUCUGGGAUAGUGAAUCAGAUAUCAUCGGUGACUGAAGCGGGGGAUGGGCAGGUGGUUAAAGGAGAUGGACAGGUGGCCGCAGCAGCUGGACAAGCGGCCCAACAGGGCUCCCUGACUAAUGUAUUCGCAGAAGUCAAGAUAAUGUUCACACUGAUGGAAUUGGAACUGGCGUACAAAGGAUUCGGAAAAGCGCUUUUGGGGGAGUUCUUCCCUGGGACUCUUCGGGACUGGGAGAAGGAGUGGUGGAAGAGUGAUGACGCCAAGUUAAGAAAGGAUGUUCUAAAAGCGAAAAGGUCCGCGGAGUACCAAAACCGAAGGAAAAGUGCGACGCAUCAUACAGUGGAUCAACCUUUAUGA